AUGGAUUCUGUUCGUUCCUUGGACGGCUCGAUCAACGUUCCCGUUCUCGAGGCGGUGUCCUCGCAGAAUGGGCCCUUGCUGGACGCCUCAAACGUAGUGGUUGGCGGACUGGUCGAUGCAGCAAAGGUCUCUGGCGCGUCCACGAACGGGCUGGUCCAAGACAUUGCCGGGCGACAGCGGACCUACAUCCAGAGCUUGUGCCUGAAGGCACUUCUGGUCAGCCAGGGUGUGUCGCUGGUCGAGAACAAGGCUUCUCUCAAAGAGACGAAGCUUCUCUUCGAAGCAUCACAUGCAGGCAUCAUCGAAGGUGUGCCAUUCGCAGGGGUGCCAGUGCUGACCAAUGUGUGCACUCUCCAUCAGAUGUCGGAGGUGACCUUUUACUACUCAAAAGUGCGGCCGCUGGUAAGCGAGAUCCUCAAUGCCCACACAGUGCAGUCCAGCCAGGAUGCUCAGAGGCUUGCGCAAGAAAUCGCAAAUCUCACUGAAAUGCUGUUCAGCUCCAUGGUGUUGGCAGUGGAUCUCUUCAACAACGAAUCCACGGCCUGUGACCUGGCCUCGGCCAUGUCCGGCGCCGAAUGGCUCUCCUUCAUCGACACCCUGGGUCAGCUCAGGCUAGAGACGCAGCAGGUAUCCCAGCAUUUUAUGCAAGUGGCUCUCGGGUCAAACGUGCACACUAGCAAGGUGGAGAUCACUGUUAUGAUGUCCUCGGCCUCACAGAGGCUGCGAAGCCUCAUCGAGGGAUGCAAGGAACAAGGGAUCCCGUCACCGCCAACCCAAGGGGUGGUGGACCAGCUGCUUAUUGGCGUGGAGACGUGGAGCAUGCUAGAGACGGAGUUGACGCAGGCGGUUCGAAGUGAGGCUGUCUCGCCGAUCACAGUGGACCGGGUCGCACUGCUCAGCGGGGACUUGCUCGACCAGCUAACUUCGGUCAUGGAUAUGACUCUCAAGGAAGCCUGGAGAGCCAGCGCGGACACAGCUUCCUACCUGCUCGACCUCACCAGCAAGCAGGCGAUGCGCUUGUCCAGACUGUCCAAGGAGGCAAGCCUGGCGCACUAUGGGAUAAAACCGGAGCAGAACUGGUUGGCACUGAAUGCAUCCCGCGACUCCUUCGUGGCCACGCAUCACCUGCUUUUGCUGGGUUCGCCUGCUCAGAAUACCACUCCAGCUGUGCCGAAGCGGUCCCAGCUCUGCAUCAUCCGGCUCAUGCACGAGGUGGACGAGUUUUACCAACAGCUCCAGGAAGCGGCUGUAGCUGUGGCUUAUGGUAGCUUUGCGAAAGUAUCGGACCUGGACCGGCUGAACCCACUUGCCCAAGAGGCCAUGGCAGCUGCUUCGAAGGCUUUGGUGGACGGAGUGUGCGACAACAACACCGGAGAGGUGGAACUGCACGCAUGGCUCGAAGUCCAUCAGGAGGCUGCUGAUUUGGCGAGGCUCAGUCAGGAUGCCACGGCCGCCUUCAUCCUCGCCCAGCAGGAAGGUGGCGGAAGGUUCAGCUCUCUGGAUGCCGUGGCGCACGACGUGGAAUCAUCGCUUCACAGGCUGAUGUUCGGAUCAUGGGUACCCCAUGUGGCCUCGCCACCGACGCAAGCCUUAUUGGACUACAUUCUGUCUACCUUGAGACCUAUCCUGGAGAGGUUCGAGUCAGCUUUGGCCGGGACGGAUGUGCUGAGUGUGGAAGCUGCAGGCGUGAGCCUGCUCGGCGCAGCGGAG